UCUUGCUUGCGCCCACCGGGCUCGACCGUUCUGCACCUGCAUACGUGGUAGGGGAUAUUGUGGCGGCAGUGGACCGGCGCUGUCUCCAGGCAGACAUAUUUCACAUUCACUUCCGGUGGGAUGUGUGUCGCAUCGUGUCGUAGACCCAGUAGAUCUUGCCCUCCGGGUCUGAUAUCUCGCUGCCUAGGUAUUGUGUAACCGUUGUAACGGAUGGCAUCUGGCACUACCCACGCCUGGGUCGGCGGCUUAGCAUCGGAGCUUAAUUAUGAUGCGUGAUUGGAAUCAAGCGUGAGGCCGUCGACCAUCAACACCACCAUUUGUCACCCAGUAUAGAACACGAGGAGCAGCAAUGGCACCCACUCGGCUGCGACGUCUGGCUAUCUUCGCCCUCCUCGGUGCAGUGCUCAUGAUCUGGACGCUCUAUCAGCGAGAAGCGUGGGAUAACGAGUUGAUGACCUUGGAGAAUCAAUACCCGUUGCUCUAUCAUCAUGUCCAUACGCACCAUGCGGAAGGAGGAGCCUGGUAUAUCCCCCAAACAUGGAUGAGCGCAUCCGACCACCAACCCAAGAACAUCGUCGAAGCCGCCGAGCUGGCUCUUGGCCUCGUCGACACCGACCAGCGCUAUCUGCCGCACUCAGCCAUCCCCAUGGUCGUGCAUCAGACCUGGAAGAACACCCACAUCGACACCUGGUCCCAGCUCCUCCGCCACAGCGCCGAGCGCUGGUUGCAGGCGACGGACGGGCAGAUGGCGUAUUUCAUGUGGACAGAUGCGGGAAUGGCUCAAUUGAUCCGCAAGUUCGAACCAGCCCUGGAGGUGCAGUUCGCGAGUCUGGCGAGCAACGUCGAGCGAUCAGAUGUUUUUCGUAUCUUGGUGUCCAAGUGGAUUGGGGGUGUGUACGGCGAUAUUGACACCGAGCCCCUCCGCCCCCCGACGAAAUGGCUCAGCGCGACCGACCUCCUCCCCUGGAACGACACGCAGACCGGCGUCGUCUACAACUCGACCGGUCCAGUGCACGCCAUCGUCGGGCUGGAGGCCGACUGCCGUGAGGACACCGACACCUACUGGCGCAUGGGCUACUCGCAGCCUGUGCAGCUGACCCAGUGGGCCUUUGCCUGGGCACCCGGCCAUCCGAUCCUGCAGACCUUCCUCGAUCGCUUUUCAACCACCCUGAACAACAUCUCCGCCCGAUACGGCGGAUCUCUCGACUCCCGGGCUGCGCAUCAGGAGCUACUCGCCCUCGAUCCGCUCACGCUGACUGGACCUGCCGCGUUCACGGACGCAGUGCGUGGCCGGCUCGAGGAGGUAGCUGAUCUACGAUGGCAGGCCUUGUCGGGACUUCAAGAUGGGGGGAGGAGUAAGUUGGUCGAUGAUGUUGUGGUUCUCCCCAUCACGGGGUUCAGUCCCGGCCGCGGGGCAUAUGGGAACAUGGGCUCGAAGCCCAUCACCGACCCCUCGGCCAGACUCCGACAUCUGGCGCAGGGGUCGUGGCGGGCGUUCGAUCUGACGGUGGAAUAUGGGAAGUUCUGUCGGACGGUGCUGGGCAUGUGUCGCGACUGGUCCAAGGUGCCUACUGCUGCGAUCGUUUGAUGAAUCCUGUAUGGUGACUCUGUGGUGGUCUGUCAUUGUGAUGAUUAUGGCGUUGGGGGAGUCGGGAUGCUGGGGAUACCCUUUGCGGACGCACUGUGCUGUACACAAGAAACCAUAGAAUUUAGAUUGACUUUAUAUGUGC